AUGAAAAUCAGCCGACACAAGAAAGUUCAUAAAUACCUAAAUUUCUUCUGUAAUAAUUAUGGAUUCAGACAGCCCUACCAAAUUUUAAUCGACGGCACUAUAUGUUUCGCAGCCCUGAAAAAUAAACUUAGCUUGAAAGAACAGUUACCAAAAUAUUUGGGUGGAGAUGUGAAGCUUCUGACAACCCCAUGUGUGAUUUUGGAAACAGAGAGACUUGGGCCAAAUCUAUAUGGUGCGAUGAUAAUUGUAAAGCAAUUCCCAGUUCAUAAAUGUACUCAUCAGAUUAAACCUGUGUCUGGAGCAGCAUGCCUGGCAUCAAUGUUGGGAGACACAAAUCCAUCAAGGUAUAUGAUAGCUACACAGGAUAGAGAGUUGCAAGAAGUAGCUAGAAGAGUUCCAGGAACUCCACUCAUUUACUUGCACCAAAAGACUCCAACUUUGGAACAACCUUCUAAAGUAUCUAGUCAAGUUGCAGAAAUUAAUUCCAAGACAAGGUUUCUAAUUGGGCAGAAAGAUGAAGUAGUGUUGUCAGAUCUGAAGAAAAGAAAACUGGAUGAACCCGAAUCUGCACCACAGAAAAAGAAACGUAAGAAAGGAGGACCUAAUCCCUUGUCUUGUAAAAAGAAGAAGAAAAAGCCGUCCAUAGCUACACAGAAACCAUCCACUUCAGAAAACAAACCAAAAAGAAAGAGAAAGAGAGUGAAAAUGCCAAAACAUAUAAAAGAAAUGUUGUUACAGACAUCAGUACAAUCAUGAUAUUAAAAAACUAUUUAUAUAUUA